GAGUUGUCAAAUGUCAAUCCUAUCCCUUUUUAUUAAAAUCUAAAUUCUAAUCAGUUUUUGCAGAAUUCCGAGCCGUGUAGGUUGUAGAUUUUUGAACUUUGUUAUUUAUUUAUAUUAUGAAGAUUGGAUAAAAAAUUGUUCACAUAACUUCACUCUUUCUCCUCUCAAAGUAUAAGGUCUACUAACAUAAUGGAGGACGGUAUAAACAAACCAUACAAAAUAUGUGAUGUGAAUCGCGAAAAGAAGAAAGGAAUUGUGGCUUCUACAUUAGAAGACUUAUUGACUAAAGUUCCAGAGAAGCUUGGUUUGCCCACUGAAAAUUUAACUGUAGUGUUGGAAUGCGAUGGUACUGAGGUUGAUGAUGAGGAUUACUUCUCCACUUUAGAUCCCGAUACUUCUCUCAUGAUUUUACAUGGAACUGAAAAGUGGGCACCUAAUAUGCCAAAAUGUCAAGUAUCAUUAGAUCAAACUGAUGAAGUUACUCUUGGAGAUAAAUCGCAGGUGGCAAAUCUGGUGGGACGACUUCAGCACAAUUUGUGUCACAUUUCUUUGUUAGGUGGUCAGGAUUUAGAAUUAUUGUCAGAUAUGGAUCCAGAUAGUCUAUCUGAUAUUGUGACAGACAGGGACAACAGAAUAAUUUUAGAACACAUCAAGGAAGCCUCUGGAAGAAUAUUGCUUGAGAAAAGACAAGCUCAAGAUGCAAUGGAGUUACUGAAGUUAUACCAUCAGAGUGUAUCAAAUGGUACUGAGGAUGUGUCACCACCAAGCCAAGAGCGUGUGUAACUGAAUAUCUACUGGAUAACCCUAGUAUAACCCUUACUAAUUUCUUUAAUGGGAUGGUGUAUCUCAAAAGUUUACAAAGACUUAUACAUUAAAUCUCUAUACCUAUAAAACACCAAAAUUAAAGAGGCCUUGUUUAAAUGCUAAUAGUUAUAUAGAAUGUAUUAAAAUCCUUAGUUAGAUACAUUAUACAAUUUAUUUAAAUGACAGGAUUUGCAUUAUUUAGGAUAGCUGUAAGUGCAGUAGUAAAUAAUAUAAGAAGCUAAUCUUAUGAAACUGAGCUGUAAUUGAAUGUGUAUGGUCAUUCUAAAUGUAAAUGAUAGGUAGGUAUAUAAUUCCAUUUUACACCUUUGUAUUGUAGUUUGGUGUCCCCAUAAUAUAAUCAGUGUAACACAUAAUUCUUUAUGUUAUUUUAAAAGCAGUUUGUAACAUGAACACUGUUUUUAAAUUGUAUUAUUAGUAUAUAUAUAUAUAUCCCGUUUCAAAUUUAUUUGUCUGCUAUAUUUUAACUUAAAUAUCAUUACAUAUGUUAUGUAUUAGUAAUUUUAUUUUUGUUUUAGUGUUACCACUGCUUAUAUUGAAAUUAUUUUUAAUGCUAGAUGGUAAAGUCAAUAUCUCAUACCUAACAAUAAAUGUGCUAGGCAGUAGUAUGUUUCUUUCAGUAAGGUAAGGCUUUUGUUUCUUUUUUUUGUAAACUUUUGAGAAAAAAAUGGGAUAAGGUUGAUAAUCAACAUCAAUUUAAAAGACUGAUAGUUGAUAAAUUUCAUUUUUUAUAUCGUUUUACCCCUAGAUUUAAGAUUUAUUCAUUUAAUUCCAAAUUUGCUCAACAAUUUACAAGUUUAACAUAAGUUUCACCCAUACUUGAUUCCACUGCCGUAAAAAUGUACUUUUGCUUAGAUCUUAAGAAUUCAUUGAUCAAGGAAUUGUAACUUGGUAUUGUUAGAAUUUAAAGAAUUAGAUGUCUUUAUUGUUGCUUGCAACUUGAAAAAAUUUAGUCCCUUUUUUAUUACCUUAGGUGUUAACUCUCCCAAUAUACUGUUUAAUUCUGUAUGUCAAUUUAUUGAUUUAAAUUAUAUGGUAUUGUUUUUAAAUAAAAUAGAUUAACAGCCAAGUAGACACAACAUAUAGUUAUCACUCAAAAUUAUAUAAAACCAUUGGAAAACACUAUAACAUUGCUUCUAAGACAACAAAAUCUAGAUAAUCUUUAAGAAAAAUCUAUACAUUGUAUUUAUAUAAAAAGUCCAUUUCAAUUAAUAUAUCACUCCCUGUAGUUAAAAUUAUUACUUAUUUCAUAAACAAAUUAUACUAUUCCUUCAUACAAUACCAAUAAUAAGUAAUAAUAGUGACUACUAUUUUUUAAAUUAGUUGUCAAUAAAUUUGCAAUAAAAAUGUAACCAAUAUAUAUGGAUCCCCAUGUAAAGCAGUUAUUUUAAAUAUUAGUAUUAUCAACAUAGAUUAGUAUGCAAACUGCUCAAUCUUCUUCAAUGUUUGUGUAUAAGUCUGUAAAAUUGUAGGAUGUAUAAUUAUGUAGAUCACAAAAAUAAAGAACUUAAAGUCUA